AUGGAGCCGGAGCGGCUACGGCGCCGGGUGGGCUCCGCAUUCCGCCUGCGCGGGCUCCUGCUGCGGCCGGAUGCUCUGAAGUAUCUCACCGAAGCUCUCCAGUCCAUCAGUGAAGCAGAACUUGACAAUGCAAUCGAAAAUGUCAUUGAUGCCGUUGAAAAACAGCGUUUGUCAUCUAAUAUGAUUGAACAAUCCAUGGUGGAAGCAGCUGUCCAGGAAUGCAGCCAAGCAUCAGAUGAAACUAUAGAAAAUGUUUUCAACAUUAUUGGAGCCUUUGACAUCCCACGUUUUAUUUACAACUCAGAAAGGAAGAAAUUCCUACCCCUCUCAAUGACCAACUUGCCUGUACCAAAUUUGUUUGGAAGUGCCAGAGAUAAAGCAGAGCUGUUUCGUGAACGCUACUCCAUCUUACAACAGAGGACUCACAGACAUGAGUUGUUUACUCCUUCACCGAUUGUUGCUCAUCCUGAUGACAGUAAGAGCAAAUUCCAGCUGAAAACAGUAGAAACUCUCUUGGGCAAUACAGCUAACGUGGGAGAAGUGAUUGUGCUUGGGAUGAUAACUCAGCUCAAGGAGGGGAAAUUUUUCCUAGAAGACCCUACAGGAGUGGUCCAGCUAGACCUAAGUAAAACACAGUUCCACAGUGGUUUAUACACUGAAUCAUGCUUUGUUUUGGCAGAAGGCUGGUAUGAAGAUGAAGUUUUUCAUGUGAAGGCUUUUGGAUUUCCACCUACUGAGCCUUCUGCUACCACGAGAGCCUUCUAUGGGAACAUAAACUUCUUUGGAGGGCCUUCUUCAGCUUCAGUAAAGGCUUCUGCAAAACUGAAGCAGCUGGAGGAUGAAAACGAAGAUGCCAUGUUUGUGUUUCUUUCUGAUGUGUGGCUGGACCAAGCUGAAGUACUGGAAAAGCUUCACACAAUGUUUUCAGGUUAUUCCUCUGCACCUCCAACCUGCUUUUUCUUUUGUGGAAAUUUUUCCUCCGCACCAUAUGGAAAAAAUCAAAUACAAUCACUGAAAGGUUCUCUGAAGGCUCUUGCAGAUAUUAUAUGUGAAUAUCCCAAUAUCCAUAAAAGUAGUCGAUUUGUGUUUGUUCCUGGCCCUGAAGACCCCGGUCCUGGUUCUGUUCUACCAAGACCUCCCCUGGCUGAAAAUAUUACAGAGGAAUUCAGAGAGCUGGUGCCAUUUUCAGUUUUCACCACAAAUCCUUGCAGGAUUCAAUAUUGCACCCAAGAAAUAAUCAUCUUUCGUGAAGAUUUGGUAAACAAAAUGUGCAGAAAUUGCAUCCGCUUCCCUAGCAGCAACAUGGACAUUCCAAACCAUUUCGUGAAGACCAUAUUGUCCCAAGGACACCUGACGCCGCUGCCGCUGUACGUCAGCCCGGUGUACUGGGCCUACGACUACUCGCUGAGGGUUUAUCCUGUGCCUGACAUGCUCGUCAUCGCAGAUAAAUACGACCCCUUCACUGUCACCAACACGGACUGCAUUUGCAUAAAUCCUGGUUCAUUUCCAAGAAGUGGAUUUUCAUUCAAGGUAUUUUACCCAUCCAACAAGACAGUUGAAGACAGCAAGCUUCAAGGUUUCUGAAUUUCCAUGA